CUUGCCUGUGUGUGUGUGCGCGCUGCUAUAUACUCAGCUGCUCCGUACAUAGGGCACAGUGACAGCAGCAGAAGUUGCUGAGAGGGAACAACAGACUGACACGAUGGACUUAGCUUCUGAGGAUCCUGCAACCAGCCACUUCCGGGAAUAUCUGAGAAUACGAUCAGUGCAGCCAAAUCCAGACUACGAUGGAAUUAUACAGUACCUGAUUGGAAUGGCUGAAGACAUUGGAUUGGAGAGCAGAAAGCUUGAGUUUUCUCCUGGCCGCGUCAUCCUGAUCCUGUCUUGGAGAGGGUCCAAUCCCAAGCUGAAGUCUGUAGUCCUGAAUUCCCAUACGGAUGUGGUUCCUGUGUUUGAGGAACACUGGACGUAUCCUCCUUUUUCUGCUCAUAAAGACAAGGCCGGUAAUAUCUAUGCAAGGGGAGCACAAGACAUGAAAUGCGUCACCAUACAGUAUCUAGAAGCUCUGCGUCGCCUUAAGUCAGAGGGUCACCACUUCCCUAGAACCAUUCACCUCACAAUGGUCCCAGAUGAAGAAAUUGGGGGACACACUGGGAUGGAGCUGUUUGUGAAGCAACCAGAAUAUUUAGAGUUGAAUCCUGGCAUCACCUUAGAUGAAGGUCUGGCAAACCCCACAGAGGAAUUCAGUGUGUUCUAUGGAGAGAAAUGUGUCUGGUGGAUAACUGUUCGAUGUGCAGGGGACCCUGGGCAUGGCUCUCGCUUCAUAGAAAACUCUGCUGCAACUAAAUUACAUUCAGUCAUUUCAAAAUUUUUGGAGCUCAGGGAAAAAGAGAAAAAGAGGCUGCAGUCAGACCCUAGUCUCACUCUUGGCGAUGUAACCACUGUGAACAUGACACGGGUCAGUGGGGGGGUUUCAUGCAAUGUGGUUCCAUCAGAGAUGUCAGCAACAUUUGAUCUCCGUAUCCCACCGACUAUGGAUUUAAAGGUAUUUGAAAGCAAGAUAGAGGGCUGGUGUCGGGAAGCUGGCGAUCAGGUGUCUUGGGAGUAUCAUCAGAAAAAUAUGGAUCAAGGAGUGACUACACCAAAUGACUCUAAUCCCUGGUGGAAAGCGUUCAGCACACCGUGCAAGGAACUAGGUCUGAAGCUGAAGCCUGAGAUUUUCCCAGCGGCCACUGACAGUCGCUACGUGCGAGCCGCUGGAUACCCUGCCUUAGGCUUCUCCCCCAUGAACCACACUCCAAUCUUGUUGCAUGAUCACAACGAAUAUCUGAAUGAAGAGAUCUUUCUACGAGGGGUUCACAUCUACACAAAGAUCAUUUCCUCUCUGGCCAGUGUCCCCCCUCUAGCAGGAGAGCACUGACAAAGGCCUGAAAGAUAAGGACGGUGAAGUCAUGGUGUGGGGAGGACUUUAUACUCAGGGAUGCACUCAGGGAUAGGAAAGGGGCAUAGGCUAACUCCUGGAAGAAUGAAUGUAUGGAGGAGCUUGUGGAGUUCUCCUUGUUAUUCUUCUCAUGCUUCUCAGUGUUUCCUUCCAUCAGUGCCUCGAUCUACUCUAGUGAACUCUCUAGUCCUUUUAUAUUCAAUAUACUCAGUAUUGUAUCUUCCAUUAGUUCUUCUCACCAAAACAUCUUUCUGUAUCCAUCCUGCUAAAUAUGUCAUCUGUACCCACACCACAUUUGUUCACUUAGCCCCCAUCAGUCACCAAAUUUCACCCAACCUCUUUCUGUACCUACCCAACUGAAGUUCUACUCAGUUAAUCCAACGUUCUGCUGUCUGCAGACAUGCCAAGUUACGCUCACUGCCAUUCCAACUCCAUUCGUAAAUACCGGAGGAGAAUAUUUAACCCAUUAGUGCUGUGUGAGAUGUCCCUUCACUUUUCUAAAUGAAAUGGUAACUGUUUAAAGGGACAUGAAAUCUUAAUAUUUUAAUUCAUGAUUCAGAUAAAACAAAGAAUUGUAAAUAACUUUCCAGUUUACUUCUAUUAUCAAAGUUGCUUUAUUCUCUUGGUAUCCUUUGUUAACAGAGCAGCAAGGCAUUAGUGGGAGCUAUCUGAACACAUCAGAUGAGCCAAUGACGUGCAGCCACAAAUUAGAAGCUAGCGUCUAAUAGUGCAUUUCUGCUCCUAAGCCUACCUAGGUAUGCUUGUAAAAAAAAGAUACAAAGAAAAUGAACCAAAUUAUAUGAGGUAUAUUGGAAAGUUGUUUAAAAUGGCAAGUUCUAUCUGAAUCGUAAAAGUUUAAUUCUAACCUUGCUAUCCCUUUUAUAACUCAAUGAAUAAAACAUGUGUGGGUAUACCUCUACCUUGUAUAUCAUGUGUAAUAUCGCCAACCUGUGUAUAUGUAAUGUCAUGAGCCUGAUUAUAAGUAAUUGCAGCUUCAUCUGUGCAUAAAAUAUUACUUUGCCCUUACAAAGACACGUACGUAUAUGUCUCCUACUCGAUGUCACCAAUUUGUCUCAUUGUUUUAAAUUACGUUUUGACCUAAACUUGUACUUUGUGUAUGUUUUGUAUGUACGUGAUUCUGUAAUGCACAUUAUCACAUUGUAUAUCAAUCAUGCGCUUUCUAUAUGUACAUAAAGAAUUCUGCAAUGUC